UGAAAAUUCUGUGAUUAUUUACUCGCCCUCGUUUUGUUCCAAACCUGAAGAAUGUACUGGCAAUUGUUUUCUAUGUAAAUAAAGUGAAAGUGAGCACAAUAGAAUAUAGUCACAAUAGUCUUCUGAAGUCAUACACAUUUCUGUGAUGAGCUCUUGUGCACUUGUAAAGUAGCCUACUUCAAAUCCUAAAAUUAUCUUUAAAAAAGCGCUUUCAGAUAAAGUGAUUGAUUAUAGCUUAACUGUAAUGUUAUUUGGUAUUACUCAAUAUUUACAUACAUUUUAAAUGUACUAAAUUGCAACUUGACCAUUACAAAUAUGCAAUAACAAAUAUAGUUAAAUACUUGACAUAGACGUUUCAAGAGAAAUGACAUUAAAGCAUAUUUAAGUUUACCAUAAAUGCCUGUCAGUACAUUCAUUAGUACACUUAAACCAUAUUUCAAAGACAUAAAGAUAUAAUCAAGUCUUAUUUAAGUGGGCCAAAAAAAAUAACGUUAAUAUGUAUGUAAACUAUAAUACAUUUUCAUUUAACUGCAGUUUACAUGAAAUUAAGUGUUUGAAAACAUUACAUUCAGUUCACACUUAAGUACAUUCUUUUAAAGUAUAUUAUUUCUGUGUCAUAAAGUGUACUUCUUUACUUUUCACAAGGACAGGCUGAAAUUUAAGUAAUUUUUCGCUGAAAUCCUCAAAUGUGGCAGCAGGUUUAACAACAGUGCUAUGUGACCAAUCAACAAUUGCUGCAUCUUUGAAUAUCUAAAAGUGCACAUGAGAUAUGACAACUACAGUCAGGGCUGGAUUUACCUUAUAUUGUGACAUAUGCAAAAGAAUUUUUUGGGCCCCCUCAAUACCCCACCGGUACUACAUACUGUAUAUAUCGCCGCUGUCGGGUGGAAACCUCAUAUGCCCAAAACCGCUACUUUUCAGGAAAUGGGUAUUUUUUUAAUUAAACACUGUCAACGUUGAUGCUGUGGCUUUAUAUAUGGUUAAAACAUGCAUGUGUCAUUAUAUUAUUAACAUUCUACCAAAAACAAGCUUAAAUAGAGUUACAAGGUUUUUGACCACUGAAUUUCGGAGAAUGUCGAACAUAGGCCUAUGUGUUUUGUCCAUCAUUAGAACGGCAGCAUCAUUAUCAACUUAUAGGUUAUAAAGUUUAUUGUAGCUACAUGCGGGCGCUCGUUUUUUCUGUCAUUUGGCCAAAAUUUCAUGUUAUUAAAGAUGAAGUGCUACGCACAGGCUAAGACAGUACAGUUACUGGCUAUGACUCGAUGACAAAUGCUAAACUAAGACACAUAAAAAAUUUAUGUAUAGUGUUUCUUGAGUAAAGAAAAUGCUGUACUUAUUCAAAGAACCAGUUCUUUAUUUACCCCUGCAUUGCAAACAAGCAGAGAUGGUACAAACUGUGUGCAGCACUUCAUAGAGGUGGUUGGAGUUAUGAGGUACGACCGACAGUUUGAGGAUCAAAUGGAGGUUUCAUAGGUUAAAUAUUUGAAAAACCCACAGACAGACGUAAAGAGUGACCAAUAGUUAUGAUUUAUGAAAAAAUGACAAAAUAAGGAGAUACAAGGUUUGUGAAUUUUGUUAAUUUUAGAUAGUAAUUGUCUUACAGUGUUUUACUAUUAUAGUGAAAUAGAAAUAAUAAUAAAAAUAAAUAAAAAAAAUUCCUCAUUGUAAUUGCCCCCUACAAUGUAGGGGGCAAUUACAAUGUAGGGGGCCCUGUAUAAAGUGGAAGAAAGGAUAACCAAUUAAAUGUUUUCAUCACAAAAAUCAAACAUAUAGAAUCAAAAGACUUAAAAUAUAGAACACAAGUUGGACUCAUUGUAUGAUCGCUUUUUGCUGGUUUGUCGUCAUUUUGGAGCUCAACAGCCAUUACAAUCUUCAACGCUUCUCUUUUUGAGUUCCACAGAAGAAUUCUCACAGAAUUUUCAUUUUGGGUGAACUAUACUUUCAAAAAUGUAGAAAGAUUGCAUUUUCUUUGUAAUGACUAUCUUCCUCAGAAUGAAUAUAGGAAACUUUCUAUGCAAUGCAAAGACUUUGUUGUGGGGCUUCUGGACCUGUGUCGGAGCACAGAGGAAGUGGAAGCCAUUCUGAAUGGUGAAGAGGAUGAGAAUUUAGAACUGCCCGGCCGACCAAGUCUCUUUCGCUUAAAACUCGCAAUAAAGUACGAACUGAAAAAGUUUGUGGCCCAUCCUAACUGUCAACAACAGCUCUUGUCAAUAUGGUACGAAAACCUGCCCGAACUCAGGCAGCAGACCACAGCCAUUAAGUUCUUAGUGGUUUUAGGUGUUGCAAUGGGACUCCCCUUUCUAGCUAUGGUGUAUUGGGUGGCACCAUGCAGCAAGAUGGGAAAGAUCAUGCGUGGCCCUUUCCUUAAGUUUGUGGCACACGCAGCCUCCUUCACUAUUUUCCUUGGCCUUUUGGUCAUGAACGCUGCAGACCGCUUUGAUGGGACAAAGCUGCUUCCAAAUAUGACCAUUCAUGACUAUCCGACGCAGCUGUUUCGUAUGAAAACAACUCCCUUUACGUGGAUGGAAAUGCUCAUCAUUUCCUGGGUCAUAGGGAUGAUUUGGGCAGAGUGCAAGGAGAUCUGGUCUCAAGGUCCAAGAGAAUAUCUUCUUGAGCCUUGGAAUUUUCUAGACUUUGGAAUGUUGGCCAUUUUUGUGGCAUCCUUCAUCUCAAGGAUAAUGGCUUUCUGGCAUGCAUGUGUAGCACAACGCUAUGUUGAUGAGCACUACACAGAUUUAACCAAUGUAACUUUGCCUUUUGAGGUGGGAUACUUCCAGUUGGCUCGGAUCAAUUGGCUCCCGUCUGAUCCUCAGUUAGUUUCAGAGGGCUUGUACGCUAUUGCAGUGGUCCUGAGUUUUUCUCGAAUUGCGUACAUCCUGCCAGCAAAUGAGAGCUUUGGACCCCUGCAGAUAUCUUUGGGACGAACUGUGAAGGACAUCUUCAAGUUCAUGGUUAUCUUCAUCCUGGUCUUUCUGGCUUUCAUGAUUGGAAUGUUCAACCUCUACUCAUAUUAUCGGGGUGCUAAACAGAAUGAAGCUUUCACAACUGUAGAAGAAAGCUUCAAAACAUUGUUUUGGGCGAUAUUUGGCCUUUCUGAGGUCAGAUCAGUAGUCGUGAACAAUGGACACAAGUUCAUCGAGAACAUUGGCUAUGUUCUCUAUGGAGUUUACAAUGUGACAGUGGUCAUUGUCCUACUCAACAUGCUCAUUGCCAUGAUCAACAGUUCCUUUCAGGAGAUUGAGGAUGAUGCAGAUGUGGAGUGGAAGUUUGCCCGGGCCAAGCUCUGGUUCACCUACUUUGAGGAGGGCAGGACUCUCCCUGUGCCUUUUAACUUGGUUCCCAGUCCCAAGUCUGUUGUGGGUCUGGUGAUGGGGGCUAAAAGUCUCCUGCAGGAGCUUUUUGACAGACACAAAGCCAUUAUGAAGGGAUCUGAGCUCAGUGAGUUGGGACAGAGCAAAACUUGCAGGGACAAGAAUCUUUCAAGCUCCAGUCGAUAUCAGAAAAUUAUGAAGCGUCUCGUUAAGCGAUACAUCAUCAAAGCUCAAAAUGACAAAGAAUGCGAUGAAGUCAAUGAGGGUGAACUGAAGGAGAUUAAGCAGGACAUUUCAAGCCUUCGCUAUGAGCUGCUGGAGGAGAAGUCACACAACAUGGAGGAGCUGGCAAAGCUAGUGAGGACACUUGAAACAAAUCUCUCUCAGGACUGCUUGAUAUUAAAGUCUAAUUGAGGAAGUCAGACAACAGUGUUUUUUUUUUUUUUGUACAUAAGCGUAUAAUUAACUAUUUAUCAAGCAAGACAAUUUGCACAAGGACUACAUGUGGUUUCACAUGCUUCUCUGCCUUGGCCUUCUGGUUUAACAGAACAAAGAACAGCUAUUGAUCUUUCUGUGACUGAAAAAGUGAAAUUCUGUGUUUCUGUUUUGGUGAUACAUUACUGAACAAAAGUUUUUUUUUAUGAUACAUAUGCACAAUUUACUAUUAAAGAUUAUUUCUGUUAGUUCAAAACUCUAAUUCACAUACAACAACAGCAAAAUUUAGUUCAUUCUUUUUUACUCUUUUACAUUUUUCUAUUUUUUUAUAGACACAAAUUACACACACACACACACACACACAUAUAUAUAUAUAUGUAAUUUGUGUCUAUAAACAAUGCUCAACCUACAGAAUUAUAGAUGGUAAUAAUGCUAGGCGAACAAUUUUUUGUUGCUGGAAAUUACCUCUAAUGAUGUAAUCACAUUAUCAGAUAUAUCAACAUAAUUUUCCCUCGAUUACAUAAAGUUAUGUUCAAACACAAAAUGUUUAAUGAUUUUUCUUUGUAUCGAGAUAAACUAUAAUGGGACAGCCCACUUUUUCAAUAUGUCAUGUUCCUUUUCUCCACAGGGACUCUUAAGUAAUAUGCCUCAUUUCUCCUUUUUGUGUAACAAAAGAAUUUCUGUUCAGGUCACAGUUAAGUCUCCAACUAAGCAUGAGACGAACUCAGGAACAUUUAUGUUAUGCAAAUUAAAAAUAUCACAGAGUUAUGUUGUGAAAGUAAGGCCAUGUUUUUGGUUUUUGAAAUCCAUGAAAUCCAAAUGCUCCACAGAGAAUGGAAAAAUAAAGAAUGCAGCAGGCUUCAUGAA